UUAUGAAUGAGAACGACCGCACUAUGCUGGAAAAGUGGUCUCCUGUUGGAACUUUGAACCCCGCCCACUCGAUGAAAAGACUCCAGAUACGCCUGGCGCACAUUGUGACACACCAAGCUAGAAGCUAAGGUACUAAACUAGCUUCGCUUUAGAUACCACUGUGUCGUACAUCUUUUUUCUCUGUUUGGAUACGAAGAGAGACCGUCCUGGCCCGUGAAGAGGACCAUCUUGUCAUUUUUUUCACAUUUGUCUGGGAUGUAUGAAUGGAUAUUUGACGGAAUCUCGUCGUUGUUCGAGCCCGCCACGGGGCAAAACCGCCAAGCUAAUAACGGGGAGCUGGCGAGCACACUAGCACGGCGGCGAGAGAGCCACGGCAGACCGGUCAAGAGAAACUACCAGAGUGUUGAUGCAGCAGAAGGUGUUGGCCAGAGCGAGCAGGUUGCGGCAAAAAGACGAAGGCGAGAUGUGGUGAUAAGUUUUGUCAAGAAGACUGUGGCCGGGGUCGCAAGUUUGCUUCGGUUGCACAAACCACUGAUAUCAACCCCCAACGAGCACAGACACUAUAAGGACACGCAGUCUGUCACUUUGGGAAUCAAUGAGCUGCAAACGCCGUGGCUGACGAGCCCGGACUGGAGAAUGGAUAAAUCAGGGAUUGGAACGUGCGAUAGGGCUGCACCCAAGCCUUUCAAGAGCUCCUUGCCUCCUUUAAUGAGGAAAUUCAGUGGAAACACAGUGUCUUCUGAGAGGAGAGGCUCCCUCCAGCUGCUGCCUUCACGGCCCGCUGUGAGUGUGGGAAUGCCCAAUGCCGACCAGACCAGUUGCAACAGCUUUGGACACAUUCGCUGCUACAAACCCAGCCUCACCGUGGAAGAGACGAUCAAGCAGAAUGACAAAGAGCACUACAGACGCUUGCUGGAGGUGGUGACGGAAAAAUACAGCAGAAGCCAACCGUUACCUUUCAAUCAAACAAAACCAAAUGCUGUGUUGCUGUCCCACGGUGAACACACAGUGACGAGGAAACCCUUUGAGUCGACCCCCAUAAAGAUAGCCUAUUCCCCGAGCGCCACUGUGCUCACACGGAGAAUUGUAUCUGUAAAUAAGAGCAGAUGGGGUACCCUGCCUCUCAGCAAGUCUUACUCAGGAGCACCGGACGAGAGACAGCAUGUGAGAUGUGCAAAGAAAUCAGUAGCCGACUUAGACCUCUCCACAGAAGUUGCCACUCGCCUCAAUUUAGUGGACCGAGUGACGCCUGCCGUCAGCCCGGUGGUCUCCCACACACUCGCCACGCAUGCACGACUCACAGAUGACGAUAUACCCCGACUCACGAAGGAGAUGGCAGCUGAGGUGUGCGCUGCUCUGGCUCAGAGUGACGCCAACUUGGUUUUGAGUGCCGCUUUCAAGCUACGCAUCACGCAGAGAGACUUGGCCACUCUUCAGGAAGGUGGCUGGCUCAAUGAUGAGGUGAUCAACUUCUACCUGUCCUUAGUCAUGGAACAGUGCUCCGACACGGCGACCGGAAUGCGGGUGUACUCGUUCAGCACCUUCUUCUACCCCAAGCUCCGUGGCGGGCCGGGCGGGCACGCCGGAGGGCACGCCGCCGUUAAGCGCUGGACCAAAGCCGUGGACAUCUUCCUCUGCGACCUCUUGCUGGUCCCGCUGCACAUGGGUGUCCACUGGGCUUUAGCUGUGGUAGACUUGAAAGCAAAGACAGUGAAGUUGUAUGACUCGAUGGGCCAAAGGCACGAUGCCAUUUGCGGUCUGCUGCUUCUCUACCUGAAUGAGGAGCACAGAGCAAAGAAAGGCAGAGAGCUGGACACCACCAAGUGGACUGUAAGCUGCAUGCGGCCCACUGAGAUUCCUCAGCAGAAGAAUGGCAGUGACUGUGGCGUGUUUGCAUGUAAAUACGCCCAAUACAUUGCUAAAGGAAAGCCCCUCACCUUUAGACAGUGGCAUAUGCCUCUUUUCCGGAAACUGAUGAUUUGGGAAAUUCUACAUCAGAAGCUGCUGUAGAGAGUUCAGCGUGUCAACAGCCGACACUCCUGAAGGACUUGAAGUGUGAACACACACAAUUUAUUGGCAGAUAUUUGCCUGUUUAAUCUCUGAGUUGUAAUUGGAGACAUUCUUUGGACAGAAGCAACAAGCAUUGGCGUCCCUUGUUUUUGUAUUGUGUUGGAAGUACUGCCACAAGUGCCUUUCAGUGUUUCUCACAAUGAAACUGGAGAGGUUGACUUCAUACUGAGCUGUGUCUUCAGACUGAGUUAUUAUAUGCCAAGUCGCUUACAUUAUUUGCACCGUAGGCACACUAAUUUAUUCAAGCAUUACUCCGGGAAAGUUGACAAACAGUGGAUGGUGAAAUUAUUUUUUAAUUUAUGACACGAUUGAAUGAGAGUAUAUAUUUUUGUUUUCCCCAGAUCAAUAAACUGCUAGUGAGGCACAUCUGCGUACAGUAUUUUCUGCAUAGCAAGCUACUGUAUACAAGUGCAUGUUUAAAUUCAUGCUUUAAAAUGUGAUUUUUGAGUUGUUUUUCCCCCACCUGAAGUAAAAGUUUACAAUAUAA